AUGCCGGCAGUCACCGUCCUCCGAGGCUUCCAGGUUUCGGUGUCAACCCUCGAUGCCUUCCUCGUCGCCAAUGGCGUCAGCGCAACAGACGGCAUUCCUCCUAACUAUCCCGACCACCCGGACAACGACCACAUUUCCAAGCUGUUGUUCUCCAAGAUGGGCGAGACGGGUGACAAGAACAACUACCGUGUCAUCAUUCCGCAACGAACAAGCAAGAGUGACGCCGACACGGCCUAUGUCACGUACUGCUGGUUCAUGGUUUUUGCACAACGGGAGCUGCGAGACGGCGACCUUCCCACCGAGGCGCCCCAGGCCUUUGAAGGCCUCCGGAACGAGAUUCUCUCAUUCGCAAAUCCCCCGACUGACCAAGUCGACGGGCGGAUGGGGCUCUACAUCGUCUUCACAGAAGAGAACAACUACAUGCCUGACGAGAUUCGGCAACGGAACUUGAUUAGAGACAUCAGAUGCGAUUUCUGUGAUGAAUCAUGGACUGAUGAACCCUAUGCGUGGAAGAGAUGGCAAGCACACCGUAUACAAGUCCAUGGUGUAAACGAACGACCCGAUCCGCUCCCACAGGCUUAG